AUGGCAGCGCCUGAGUUGAUCGCACGUCAUGGGCUGCGGAUAGCAAUAGAGGGUUGUGGUCACGGAGUGCUGCAUGAUAUCUAUGCGUCGGUCGCGAAGUCGUGCAAGAUGAAGGGCUGGCCUGACGUUGACCUUCUGAUUAUCGGUGGUGACUUCCAGGCGGUUCGAAAUGCGUCCGAUCUCCAGGCAGUAUCGAUGCCGUCAAAAUACUACGCUAUGCACGAUUUCCACGAAUACUACUCAGGCGCACGCCUCGCACCCUAUCUCACCAUGUUCAUUGGCGGUAACCACGAAGCGAGCAACUAUAUGUGGGAACUCUAUUACGGCGGGUGGGCUGCACCGAGGAUAUACUACAUGGGCGCAGCAAACGUGAUGCGGUUGGGACCCCUUCGAAUCGCGGGUCUAUCUGGAAUUUGGAAAGGCUACAACUACAAGAAGCCUCACUACGAGCGCCUGCCGUACAACAGCGACGACGUGAGGAGCAUCUAUCACGUUCGGGAGCUCGACGUCCGCAAGCUGCUCCAGAUACGCACGCAGGUGGAUAUUGGACUAAGUCACGACUGGCCGCGCGGCAUGGAGUGGAAGGGCAAUUAUCGGCAGCUUUUCAAAUGGAAGCCAGACUUUGAACAAGAGGCCAAAGAUGGCACCCUAGGCAGUGUCGCUGCAAAAGCGGUCCUGGAUCGCCUGCGGCCACCGCACUGGUUUAGCGCCCAUAUGCAUGCCAAAUUUCCGGCGGUGUGGGAGCACACAGACACUCAUAAUAGAGCACAAGAGAGCAUGGACGCCAAAUCCGAAAGCACAGCCGUGAAGAAAUCUGAGAUGGAUCUCGAUGUGGCAGGUGACGCGCCCGCACCAGCACCGAAGAACGAUGCGGAGAUUGAUCUGGACAUGGAUGAAGAUGGCACUCCGCCUGCACCCGCCAUGGAGGACCAGGAGCGCGGUACAACCAAGCCUAGCAGUGCCGAGGACGAGUCGGAUGUUCCGCAGGAUGUUCGGGACCUCUUGCCCGAGUCGUUUUCCCGUCCCAAGACGGAGCAGGUGUCGACUCUGCCCUUCCCCAAAGACAUUACAAACACGAUGACCAAGUUUCUGGCACUUGAUAAGUGUUUGCCUAAGCGAAACUUUCUGCAGCUGCUAGAGAUUGUGCCACACACGCCAGCGGCGAUAGAAAGGCCUUUGCAAUUACAAUACGACAAGGAGUGGCUUGCCAUCACCCGGGUGUUUGCUGAUGACUUACAGGUUGGCGACGUGCACGCUCAGGUCCCUGCGGACAAGGGGGAUGCCUUCUAUCGGCCGCUGAUAGAAAAGGAAAUGGAGUGGGUUGAGGAGAAGAUAGUCAAGGCGGGCAAGAUGACAGUGCCGGAAGACUUUGCGCAGACGGCGCCUGUGUACGAUGCCGCAUUGGGUAUCCACGUGCAGCAACCACCACGCGAGUAUAGCAACCCGCAUACUCAAAGGUUCUGUGAUUUACUGCAGAUCCCUAAUGUGUUUGACGCAUCAGAUGAGGAGCGGAGGCAGCUAAUGCAAAACGGUCCGAGGCCGGAACAGCAGCGGUCCAAUCGAGGAGGGGGAAGGGGUGGAGGGGGACAUGGAGGGGGUGGACGUGGUCAAGGGCAUAGAGGUCGAGGGCGGGGCGGGAGGGGAGGACGUGGUCGAGGACGGUGGUAA